AUGAGUCCCCCGGUGGAACGGAGUUCAAAUAGAUAUGUGGCAGUUGUGCAUCCUCUGAACCCUCGAAUGUCGAAGAAGAGUGCCUUGCUAUUAACUGCAUUAAUCUGGGUGGUUCGAAUGCUCGUUGCUGUAGCUUUAGUCUUUGCCAUCUGCUGGCUACCGUACCACGUGUAUUUCAUCUACGCUUAUCACCAUCCGAAAAUUCUUAAAACUGACUACAUCCAGCAUGUUUACCUGGCUUUCUACUGGUUAGCCAUGUCCAACUCAACGUAUAACCCCAUCGUGUAUUACUGCAUGAAUAACAGAUUUAAGCGGUAUUUUCGUAAGGUUUUGUGUUGUUGCCGGAAAACCACAGAAAACGUUGCCUGUCCGGGAAGAAGCUCCGUUGAAGGUUCUGCGACGAGGCUGAGAUCUUUCACAAGAAGAACCCUUUUGAGAAAAUCUACGCUUUCAAAAGCUAAUCAAGUGAACAAGAUGAACACCAACGAUUUGAUUGAUGAUGUAUGAUUGGCCGAACUAAAUAUCCAAUCUGUGUACAUGUAAACGAUUUUAAACCAAUCAGAAUUUCUCUGUCUUUAGUAGAACUCAGAUGUUAGCCACCAGUAGUUUAAUUGUCCUCU